GUCCGGCCUAGCACCCCCGACUAAAUAUCCAGGAUCCGAUAGCAGCCCGGGCGGGAUCAAACCUUGUAGACGCCUUGAACGGAGCUCCCCACAGCCUCUUCCCUUAUCGACUGCCUUGCACCUUUUAGACAGAGCCCGAUAUCGAAGAGAUCCUUCUUUAUCUACUGCACGGAGCCCCCGCAGCGGAAGCACCGUUUCGUGUGCCCUUCUUCCUGCCCGGGCGUUUACCUUUGGUCCACUUGUUACCACGGUAUGGAACCCAACUCUGGCCAAUGUGAGGAUGGAUCGCCUUCGGGUUCGAUAUCGGAAACCCCGCCUGCGGAUGAGUCGUCGGAGGGUGCUCCCGCGGACUUGCACCGGUCAAUUCCCUCUCGGGAGUCGUCGACCGUUGACCUCUUUGAGACCGUCGACGAAAGCCAUCCACUGUCUAACACUGGUUCUGAUGACGAUGGCCCCGGGUCAUCCCUGGCGGCCUCGAUAGCUAAUGCCACUACCAAGUCUACAAGCCCUGUUUCCCAGAGAUCUGUAUUUCGUCUACCGUCCGAUCGGACAUCCGCUCAACAGUCCCUAACAUCAUCCGCCACAUCACCACUACACAGAUCCCUCGCUUCUUCUCCCAUUACCCGGCCAGCGGAGCAGGCCUCGGAUCCGAGGUCUGCCCUGUUUGAUGAUCAUGUUGCCUCCGCCCAUGUCCCCGGCAGUCUACACUUGGCGCCCGAUAGUGCCAUUGAAAAGCUGGUGGAGCGUCAAGGCGUUAUUCCCUUGAUCCGCCAGUUGGCUUCGGACCUCGCCCAUCGUGACAGGGAACUGGUAUCCAUACGGCGGAGGGCGGAGGAGAGGGAGAGGGCUCUAAAGAGGAUGUUGGUGGAGGUUGAGGUAUCCAAUGCGGAUAUUGAGAAACGGUUGGCGGCCGCCACCCUGCAACGGAAGCCUUCUCGGGAGACUAUGCGUUCCGCCGCCGGGGAUACGAGCUAUACCGAGAGCAUUGACGAGAUGAUGCAGCAGGCUAUGAGUGAAGAGGAUGUUUUCAGUGUUGUCGACGAUAGCUUGAGCUUGAUGGAAGCCACCACCACCGAUCUUGGGGAUGACGACCGACACAGCACAAGGGAUGACAUGGUCACGCCAAAGGCAACCCUUAGAGCACGAUCGGAUUCUAGAUCGAUCCUAUUUGAACGGGAUACGGAUAGUAUGUCCAUUAUAUCUAAUGCAUCGUCGAGAAGGGGGUCCACAAUCCGUGGAUGGAAGAGUUUCUUUUGGGGUCAAGGAAUAGGGGAGGGGGAUGAGAGUAACAUCGGGAACGAGCGAUUGGUAUUGCAGAAUCCCCCCCCUGGUAAAAGGAGGGGGAUUACGCGCGAGACAUUUUCCCCCCCUCCGGAGGGGAAACCAAGAAUUCUGUCGCGAGCCUCCUCCCGUUCAUCCCUAGCCCCCCCCAAAUCUGCCCGUUCGACGAGUCUCCAAAUAACCUCUACCGUUCGCCGCACUGCGUCUCCCUCUUCACUUUACACUUUCCCGCAUUUUGCCUCGGAUCAAUCGCACCCGACACCCCCGCAUUUCAAGGCAGUUGGAGCUGCUGUUUCGAUGAUUCAGCCGGGAUCCCACGCCGAUGCACUCGUUCAGAGAGGGACAUCAAAUGCGGUUGCUGCUUGGGCGAUGAGGUUGGUUUCUCACGCCCCACCAUUGCAUGAGCAGGAAAACUUUAAUCCAAAGAGCCCUGUGCAACCAAGAAGUGCUAGCGCAGCUGAGGGAUUUGGACUACCGGCGGACAGGCGGACGAGCUCGGGGUCAAUUGAUCGUGAGAAUUUGCAGAGGAUAAUGGCGAAAAAUGCAGCAAGAACACAGUCCAGUCCUAGGAGGCGAGCUGCUUCUACUGCGUCCAAUGGGGCACCUCCCAAGUCAAACAAAUUCUUUCAGGAUAUCAUGGAUCAUGCAGAGCGUAUAGUGCCCCUAGGUAAUAGUUCACAGAACCCGUCCGGUGCGGAUCCAAGCUCCGGUCCCGUCGAGAUGGAUAGAAUCGUGCCACAUGCGGUCCAGCCGCCAACCCUGCUGCAAAGCUGGAAUGACUAUUACCCCACAGAUUACUUGACGGACCGAUUCGGGUUUAUAUAUGAUAAGAAGAGCAAGGCGCCGUCGGCCAAAAGCAUGUCGUCGUCGGUUGGUGGCGACGACGCCAAGAAGCCGCAGUACGGGGAUGCGAAGUCUGGAUCUACGUUGGAUGAGGGAGAUUCAUCGGAUGCGUCUGAUGGGGCGUAUUGCGGACUCUUGGAUGCUGGCGAUACCACGACACCAACAGUAUGGCAGGAACUUCCCUCGGAAAUGCCUUCAACGGGCUUACACCAACCUAAGGUUAGCAAGGAAGCACCAGCGAAGGCUCCAGAGAAUUCUCAGCAUGGUCAACCGGCCAAGUCACUAAUUGACAGAAUUGCAAAAUCCACAUCUGCAGUGGCUUCCCCGACAACCACAAAAUUUUCUGAAGCGCCCUUGGCCCUCCGAUCUCCGUUACACUCUAAAAUGACCUCCAUCGCGGAAGCAAGCACUGUUCAACUGCUUCUUGGGCAACUUAGCGACCUUCACGAUUCAUUGCAGAGAGAUAGAGGGGCUAAGUGGAAUGAAUUCCUGAAGAAAAUCCGGCAGGAAAGGCGUCGGGGUGAGGAGGAAGAAAAGGGUAUGCCAGAGGUCUUGAUGGGAGAUGGCGAACUCAUUGGCAUUGCGACAUUGGGGAAUGAGGGUAGAGGGGGCAGGCAACGAUGGAAAGAGUUUAAGGGCCUCGUUCUAGGUGGUAUUCCGGUGGCAUAUCGUUGGAAAGUUUGGGCCGAGUGCAGUGGUGCCACUGCAAUGCGGGUUCCUGGAUAUUACGAGGACGUUCUUGAGAACGGUUUGGACGACCCGCUAGUUAUCGGCCAAAUUGAAAUGGACAUCAAUCGCACUUUGACGGAUAACGUUUUCUACCGCCAGGGGCCUGGCGUUAGCAAAUUGAAGCAAGUUCUUGUUGCAUACAGCCGCCGAAAACCGGCCGUUGGAUACUGCCAAGGAAUGAAUAUGAUUGCGGCAAGUUUGCUUUUGAUCAUGCCAAGCGAGGAGGAUGCUUUCUGGGUACUCUGCAGUAUCGUUGAGAAAAUCUUACCGAAAACAUACUUUGAAUCAAACUUGCUGGCUUCUAGGGCCGACCAACAGGUUUGUGGUGCUCUAGUCCGUUUUAUGGUCGCAGGCGUUUUAACCUAUCUUCAGGUUCUCAAGCAAUACGUUCAAGAAGUGCUCCCGUCAUUGCACAUGCACCUUCAGAAACUUGGGGUUGAACUAGAAGCCCUAACCUUCCAAUGGUUCUUGAGCAUAUUCACCGAUUGUCUUGCAGCGGAAGCACUCUUCCGUAUCUGGGAUGUAAUACUAUGUCUUGUUGGGAGCCCGUUUCUGUUUCAGGUGGCCCUGGCCCUGCUCCGUUUGAACGAGAAGGCUCUCAUUUCCUGCAAAAGUGCGGCAGCAGUCUACAGCUACUUGAAUGGGGAGAUGACACACCAGGGGAUUAGUAUAGACGGAUUGAUCAGAGAAAGCGAUGGGAUGAAGCACCACGUGAGGAGGAAAGAAGUCGAACAGAGGAGAGAAAGGGCUGUCGAGAAGGAGUUAGGAGAGAUGGGCUCAGAGGACAACGGGAACGCCGCCGCCACAGAAGGCGUGAAGACGGGCUCGCAAAUCCGCGUGGUGGCCAACAGUUCCUGCGAAGUAAGCCGGGAACCGAGCACCAAGAGUAUUCACAAUGAGGAGAGAGGAGAUAGCAGUGAUGAGGACAAAACGAAGGGAGAAACCGGAGCGGAGCCGAGUAGCGGCGUUAUCCAAGAAGAAACUGCGGAGGAACUAUUAGCAGAGGACGCCAAACCCCUUGUGGAAAUAAUCGAGCAUGUCGCCAACGAAGAUCAAGGUCCAGGGAUCAUGUCAUCACCGCCUCCGGACAAGCAAAUCGCUUCUAUUCCUCCUACGGAAGCCUCUGCAAUUCCUAUCGUCGCUACUACGUAGCCUCGUGCUCUCACACCCACUGAAUUGGCAUAUAUAACGAAUUAACGAACGCAUGAACGAACGGUGGGGCUAGCAAGGGCGUCUGACUAGUCCCGACGCGGGAUUAUUAUUUUUUUACUCUCUCCCUUUUACUCUCUCUUGUCUCUGUUGCGUUUAAAAGACUUUUCGGGCAUUUAUAUUAUAAGAGUUAUCACCUUACCGUUUUCCACCGCUCCUAUGUGUGUGGCGUUGCGCUGUCUUUCUUUUUAUUUUUAUCUUUUUCCUGUAUCACCGAGCUUAUUACCUUAUGCAUUACUUUUCUACUUUAUUUUUUUCAAUCCAAUUUCGUCCCGUUCAGGAAAACAUCACUACAGCACUUUCUUCUUCUUCCUUUUCUCUUUCCUCAUAUUCCUUUUUUGUCCCACCCAACACGGGAGGAUGUGCAUAAUCCGGGAGUGGGUUCGGUUGGUUCGGGUUCGCGUGUACUUGUAUUGUAUCGGCGUUUUGCUGCUCGUCUGUCGUGGGUAUUGGGUGUCUGUUCCUCGCUUGUUCGGGCCACGUUAUGUGAAUUUGAAGAUGGUGUGUUUCUUUAUUGUGUUUUGGGUUUGCCCCCCGUGAUGUUCUGAGGAGCAUGUGUAGAAGAGCGCGAUAGAGUAGAUUUGUGUGGUGAGCGGCGGUGUUCUCUUUUUUUUUCUUUUUCUUUUUUCCUUCUUUUUUUCUCUUCACAGUUGGCCGGUUAGGCCUUGCUAUGGAGCACGAGUAUCGGCAUUGGCUUGACGAUGAUGAAGCAGAGAUGUGUAAGUUGGUGCAUAGUACGAGUACAUGUAUACAUUGUUCAUUCGACCGUGAGUCGUGCGUGAGUAACGGAUCCUACGAAUAGUGCUACAUACGUUCCGGACAGGUCCUGCACUACGAUACAGUACUGGAAUGCACAAAAACCGAGUGCUACCUGAUGAAUCGUAAUACGCUGCAUACGGUAUGAUACCGGUAGUUGCAGACUUGCAGUGGGCCACCCCCUUCGAAAUAAUAACAAGGCGGCCGCUGCCGCACCAUACCAUACCAUACCAUACCGCGCAGGUACGAUCUCGCGACGCAGGGCUUAGCAUCGCACCGCACCCUUCAUUGUGCCCACAUAACAGACCCUCGGGAACACGGUACCGUACGGUACACCACAGUGGGAUAAAUAUCGGUAAUGCGCCACGUGUUCGUGAGGCUGUACCGCACGUACCGGUACUCGAGUACAGGUACGAGUACAGUACCUGGUACUCGUACCAGGAUUUCUUAUGUCCGAAAAGCGCUUUCCCGAUUCUGAGCCU